UCGUGCAGGAACCGAGAUGGCCGAGACCGCUCCCGUCGCCGCGCCCGAUGUCGCCGCCGCCGCCCCGGCCCCGGCCAAAGCUCCCGCCGCCAAGAAGCCGAAGAAGGCGGCGAGCGGCUCCAAAGCCCGCAAGCCCGCGGGGCCCAGCGUCACCGAGCUGAUCACCAAGGCCGUGUCCGCCUCCAAGGAGCGUAAGGGGCUCUCCCUCGCCGCGCUCAAGAAGGCGCUGGCCGCCGGCGGCUACGAUGUGGAGAAAAGUAACAGCCGCAUCAAGCUGGGCAUUAAGAGCCUCGUCAGCAAAGGCGUCCUGGUGCAGACCAAGGGCACCGGCGCCUCCGGCUCUUUUCGCCUCAGCAAGAAACCCGGAGAGGUGAAGGAAAAGGCCCCGAAGAAAAAAACUGCUGCAGCCAAGCCCAAGAAGCCGGUGGCUAAGAAGCCCGCCAGCGCCGCCAAAAAGCCGAAGAAGCCGGUGACAGCCAAAAAAAGCCCUAAAAAGGCUAAGAAGCCAGCGGCUGCCACAGCUAAGAAGGCAGCGAAGAGCCCCAAGAAGGUGACAAAGGCUGCAAAACCCAAAAAAGUGGCAGCAGCAGCGAAGAGCCCGGCUAAGGCGAAAGCGGUGAAGCCCAAAGCGGCCAAGCCCAAGGCGGCCAAGCCUAAAACAGCCAAAGCGAAGAAGGCAGCACCUAAGAAAAAAUAAAUGGUGCAGAAAAAACUUGUAUCUGCCUUGCAGAUAAACCCAACGGCUCUUUUAAGAGCCACCCAA